AUGGGCAGUAGAGACUUGGAGAGCACCGGCAAGAUGGUGUUCAACAUCGCAAAGGCGGACGAUGGGGUCGCCGCCCGACUGGGCAGCCUCAAGCUGGCCAAGUCGGCACCGCUGGAGACGCCCAACUUCAUCGACAUCACUUCCAGAGGCGCCAUUCCUCAUCUUACCACCGAUGUGAUGACAAAACAUACUCAGGUCCGAGGUGCAUAUAUGGCGAUCGAAGACUUCGUAGAAAAAUAUGUCAAGCGACCUGCCCCAGCAAUCUUUGCUGCAUCUGAGGGUGGCCGCAGCCGGCUUCACUCGUACACGGGCUUGCCUUCCGAAAUCAUCACGAUCAUGGGCGCCCGCAGAUAUCCUGCUGUCGUAGCACCUAUGGGUAAUGGAGCCAAGCACCUUUCUAUACUUACGUCGACUGGGUUCCAAAGCCUCGAGAUUGAGCGUUACUGCGACAACAUCUUGUCUCUCAGGCCCGACAUAGUCAUUCCAUUAGCCGACCUGACGUUUGACAAGGGCACCAGAAGUAACAAACGUCUACGUCGCAUGCUGGAACGCACCGACGAGUGGGUCGAAGCCUUUUUCAAGACUUUGGACCCUGAUACCGAGUUGACUCCAUUGGGAAUACACGUCUUUGCACCAACGCUGCCGAUAGAAUAUCCACUGCAAUGGGAAUAUCUCAAUCGCCUGUCGGAAGAUCACGCACACAAGCUGUCAGGACUUGUUGUAUACGAUGCCGAUACUCUGGCUGAUCUUGAAGCCCACUCUCCUUUGGUAUCGCUACCACGCCUUUCCAUGGAUUCGCCUUCUUCACCUCACGAAAUUCUCCGCCAGAUUCAACUGGGCAUUGAUAUCUUCGCAAUUCCCUUUAUGAAUGGUGUUUCUGACGAAGGGAUUGCCCUAACCUUUCAAUUCCCCGCACCACCAAGGAUAGGUCCUGACAACCUGCCUUUGGGCAUAAACCUAUGGUCCAAAGAACACCAAAUUUCAGUAACACCACUGGCAGAUGGCUGUAGCUGCUAUGCUUGCACGAAGCACCAUCGUGCGUUCAUCUGCCAUCUCCUCGAUGCGAGGGAAAUGUUGUCCUGGACGUUACUUCAGAUUCACAACCACCACGUCCUUACCGAGUUCUUUAAAGGGAUCCGUUCCGCCAUUGGUGACGGCACAUUUGAUCAAAAGGUCGAAGACUUUGCUCGAGUAUACGAUCCCGAACUUCUCCACAGCACCGGAGAACGCCCGCGCACUCGAGGAUAUCACUUCAAGUCCGAAGCUUCUCAGCCAAAAGCUAAUGUGGCUCCUUGGCGUGCGUACGAGGACAGUAAUGGCGACGACCCGACGUUGGCAAAAGAAGUCGCAGGUUUAGUCGUGACAGGAGGUCCUGAAGUGGACGCUGAAAGUCCACUCAUCCCAGGAGCAUCGGCUACCGAACUUGACCGCAAUGGUUUUGCUGAGAAGAGUUUUUGA